AUGACACCAGAAAGGCAGCAAGAGCUGCAGCAGCUGCAGCAGCAGCUGCAGCAGCAGUAUCAAGAGAUGCAGGAAUGGAAGCAGCAGCAGCAGCAGCAGCAGCAAUCGCUGCAGCAGGCUGAAGAAGCAGCAGCUGCUGCACCGUCUACGUACCGGCAGCAACUGCAGCAGCAACAGCAGCAGCUGCAAGUGCAGCAGCAGCAGCAGCAGCUGCUGCUGCUGCUGCUGCUAGGCGAAAAGUCAGCAAUAUUAAUAUUCGGAGUUAAACGUCCACUUGCUGCAGCAGCAACAGUUGCAGCAGCAAGAGCCGCAGCAGCAAGCGCUGCAGCAGCAGUAGCUGCAGCAAGAGCCGCAGCAGCAAGCGCUGCAGCAGCAGUAGCUGCAGCAAGAGCCGCAGCAGCAUGA